GCGAAAGGCCUCAAAGUCUCACAAACAAGAACUCCGGUGUAGACGGGUAUCUCUGGGACGAAUAAGAGCCUUUUCCCUGUACAGGAGCAGAUACUGCGUACCUUGGAAGGGUGACUGUGUCCGCCAUGGGUGACAGUACGGUGAAGGAAUUGAAUACGACCGAAGGGUUAAACCGUUUUCGGUUCCAAACUUUCCGGGAGAAAGUGCAGGCUGUGAAUAUCGACGUAGCGCACAAAGUACUAAAAUCGCAUGACGUUCUCACGGAUGAGGAAGGGUCGUACUUCAUCGAAGGGAUCAAUAAAUGGCAGGAGCUCAACUGCACUGGGCAUUUUGCCCUCUUUCUGAGGGAUGUGCGACCGUACGCCUUGUCGCUCGUCCAAUUACUGUACCAUAAAAAUGCAGUUGUGAAAGUAAUGCUGAAGCACUUGAAAGAGCCUGGUAGCUUGGCUUUGGAACCUUUACUUGAUCUGGUAGCCGCACUAGCACGCGACAUUCAGGAUGAGUUUUACGAAUGCUUCCAAGAUACCCUGGAGGUCCUGAUUGAGCUGGCGAAUCAUGUCGACCUGAAAGUCUUGGAGGCUGUUUUCAGCUGCAUGGCGUAUCUGUUUAAGUACCUUGGAAAGCAGCUACUGGAUGAUAUUAUACUCACAUUCGAUCGGCUGUGUCCAUUACUGGGACAUGGCAAAGAGCAUAUCCGACGCUUUGCCGCAGAGGCAUUUGGCCCGUUCUUGCGAAAGGUUCCGAGCGCUUCAAGUGAGUCGGUUCACACACACAUUUUGGAGAAAGUCAACACCUCGACGAACGAGAAUCUGGUGGAAGCAGUCGGAGUUGUGUACUUCCAAGCGAUCCAGCAAGUGAAGGGAAACAUACACUCCCGUGCUCCGCAAGUGCUGAAGUGGCUUUUGGUGCUUGGAAUCGGUGGAAAGGCGGAGGCGAAGACGGGUGGAGAGAAAGUGAUCGACAGUCUGGUUUUCCAGAUGUGCGGACACAGCACAGCAGAUAAAUUGCAGCCUAUGUGGGAAGUACUGAUGGCGGAGAUCAGCUCGGAGCUCCAAAAGGCUUCCGCGGAGCCAUCAGUCGGGCGGCUGUGGAGGUUGCAGAAGCUCUUCAAGAUUGCGCGCAUGUGGCUGCGUUUCAGGAGGGGUGUUCGGGUGCACGAUAGGCAGGCGCUCUUCACACUUUUGGAGGAAGCUGUCCCAUCGCUCGCACAAGCGUCGGAGUCCUCCACGUCAUUCAUUGAUUCCAUUACCGGAGUUUAUGUCGAACUGAUUGCCGCCCUGUUGGUGUGCUCGCCAAGCACCGAAGUAUACUUGCGAGGGAAGUCACUUCUGGACAAAGUCUGUGUCGCUGACGGCUUCGUUCUGCCUUUCCUACUCCUCUGUGAAUCACUUCGGCUGCAGCGUUGGGAACACUUCCCACAACUCAUGUUGCCAUCCCUCAUUGGGUACAUGCAGAAGCACUGGUCGAGCAACCCCAAUGCAUUCCUGUUGUUUAUGGCGCGAUUUUUCGAGGAAAGCUUCGAGGAAAUGCUUCUACGGAUACCCCAUUCGCUCAAAACGAAGGACAACCUGCUGAAGAUAGCGGGACAAUCGGCGAACUCGCAGGGUAGCUCGACAAUGGCACGAAACUGGCUAUCCACGCUUGUGCCGUGGGAAGCCCUCCUUGCUCAUGACGAAACGGAAGAGAUGAAGCUUGGGACGAUGGGGUGCGUGUGCAGCUGUGUCUCUCGGAUCGCACUGCCGUUCGACUUGGUAUACCAAGCGUUGUAUACCGUCAUUGAGUCGUACAGCCAGGCGUUGAGUCAAAGCGGGGUGGACAGAAUAGUGGGACAGCAACGACACUCUUAUCUCACUUUAGUUGGAUCGGCGUUGAGUGCGUUAUCCAAAUGCGCCACGAGGUCAAACGACGUAGGACAAUUCGAGGAUCUCAGCCAAAUCGUCCGCAAUGUUUUGAUUUCGGAGUCCCAUCGCAAUGCGGUCCUCUUACAUGGCAUCGCCGAAUAUCUUGCCUGCCUUCGGUCGCACUGCAAAACUCACAAAGGCCUUGCCUCCGAGCAUCUGGAAGGAGUGGUUGCCUUGAUCGGGGACAACGUAGGAGAUCUGGAUGCGCAAGUCCGUCGAGAGACUUUGCGCAUCAUAUGCUCCUUCCAGCAACACAACCUGAAACCGGUCAAAGACACGAUCUUCACAGGGUCGUGUCCAGUUUACAACCUAUGCUUGGAUUUGGAGGAUAUUCCAGAUUCGGUGAACACCCUGCGGCAGAAAACUGUGAUAUUCCGCAAGAUUGACUCGCUUGUUCGGUCGCAUACAAUACCCGUCGGUUACCUUCCACGACUCACUCGGUACUUGAUGGCGCUUCUGAGCGUGCCAUUUACGCCUUUGUGGACUGAGGCCAUCAAGACCCUGCAGGUCAUUGCGCAAGUUGACCUGGGUGCUUUCUGGCCUGUGUUCAAGGAUUACUUGUUGCGGUCGAGCAACGGGACUCUGGGUACCACUCCGGAGGUCAACCAGGGAGACGACGAGCAUCCUGAAGGGGAUUUGGCCCAGGCUCUUGAGGCCGAGGAGAAAAUAGUUGGGUCGGAGGAGUCGGCAGCCGAUGUCAAAGAUAUUCCUGCUGCGAGGGUUGUUUUCGGCAAUGUCAACAAGGCUAUUCAGGAGCGGUCAACGCAAGCGGGGGCGGCGGGUGGUUCUCAAAUCGACGCCAAUAGGUUCCAUUCUCAGCUUCUUCGAAUCCUGGGAGACCUGCCACAUAUCGUGGAACAGUACUCUGGCGACAUCGUUCCCCUCUUCUUUGAUCUGUUCCAGAACUUGGAAACUGUUGACGUGACGGCGGCAAACGUGCGUGCGGAAAUCAAGGAAGGAAGAAGGUCAAAGGUGAAAGAUUUCCUUUCCAUAUUCGCAAAGGUCCAUCGACCGGAGCGCCUGCAACGAUCCGCAGCUCUGCAGCAGAUCUACUUGGAAUUGCUAUGCAAUGGAGAUGACAAGCUGCAGCAACUAUCCCUUGACUGCCUCAUCGCCUAUAAGAUUGCUGGCAUGGACUUCGUCGCUGAGCACUUCAAAGCGCUUUGCCAGGACGACACUUUCCGCGAUAGGCUUUCCACGUUAAACAUCGAAGAUAUGCGCGCGAAUGUCACGUCGAACAAUAUUCAGCCGCUAUUGGAUAUCGUCGCUCGGAUUCUAUAUGGAAAGCUCAUCAGCAGACGUGGGCGGACCACUGCCGCCGGUCUGAAGGCCCGUCGAGUGGCCAUUUUCGCGUUCUUCACCAGUGCAGAUUCCUCCAUGCUGGAGAACCUAGUGAACUUGAUGAUUCAGCCAUUUGCGUUGAUCAACGAGCAGCCGGAUUUCGACGCAGAUGGGAAUUUCUACCUCAAUGAGUCGCUCGACCCUCACUUGUCCAUCAAGAGACAGCUCGGAUUCUUGCACGUGCUUGAGGAUGCUAUCAAGCAACUCAGAACGCUGCUGCAACCCUUCUUACCGAAAUUGGUCAAAGCAGUGCUGUAUGUACUGCACUAUGCGGAACAGAGGUUGUCAACCGCGUCGACAGCCAUGGAUAAGGUUGUAGACGAUGGAGCAUCGUUUGAGACCUUUCUGGAAAAGCAGUCGAAGGAGGCUCGAAUGCUGAGCAUACGACGUCUCAAGGAGAUUUUCGACUUGGGCUUGGAUUUCGAUUUCGACGCUUACUUGCCUACCAUCUUCCGGCUCAGCAUUACCGAUCGCUUGCCUCGAUUUGCCACCGAGAACUCCCAGUCGCCGAGUUCGCUGAUGGAGUUGUUCGUCACAUGGUCGCAGAACCCCCGCUACGCGCCAUAUCUCGUGAAAGAAGCUCCCGAUUUGAUCCCCAAAGUUGUAGCGGUGAUUUCGUCCAAGAAAGUCAGGCCACCGGUGAUAGCAGCUGUGCUAACGAUGACGGAAGGCUUGCUGGACCUUUGCGAUGCUAGUAUGCAAGAGGAUGGCGAGGCCUUUUUCGAAACACUACUGCGUCCAUACGUCGAUUCCAUACUAACGAACCUGAAUGCCGUCAUCUCGAUUUCUGUCGAGACGAAGAAAGUGGUCUUCAUUGGAAACUCGAUCCCAGCUCGCGUCAUUCGUAUCUUGGCCAGAUUGUCCGAACAUGUCUCGGACGGUGAACAAGCUGAGCAGCUGUUGAGCAUGCUCCUGCCGUACGCCAAACGCCCUCCGAAAGCGGUACCGGAAUCGGUGAAAGUCGAGAUCCUGAGAAUUUUCAGCAACUUCGUUCCGAUGUUGCCAGGGCUCAAAGGACAGUCGCCUGUCGACACACCGUACUUUUCGUUAGUAGCACACCUAUUCGGAACUCUUGAAACGCGGGAAGCGCGGGCUGAACUGGUUAGCAUAACGAAGAGACUUGCGCAACUGGACUCGUCCAUCACCGUUGUGGCGGAUCUCGCUGAAGCUCUGAACGCCUAUUCCACUACCCGUUUGGACGAGCCGGACUUCGACAAGCGGUUCGGUGCAUUCACCACACUUAACCAGGAGCUCUACCAAACGCUGACCGCAACACAAUGGUUACCCGUCUUGCAUAACCUACUGUUCUACGUGCAGGAGCGUGAGGACUUUGCCAUCCGGACUAGUGCGUCACACAGCGUCACUGUGUUUAUCCGUCGCGCCAGUGGAUCCGAUCUUCAAGACCGACAACAGAAGCUUCCUCUCGAUGAGUUCUUGAACAUGAUCGUUCACGUCUUGUUCCCAGCCAUCAAGCGCGGUAUGAAUCACACAUCGAUCGCCGUUCGCCAGGAGUUCAUCAAUAUCCUCGGCCAGCUUGUUGUCACCUUUCCGGACAUGUCGCUUGUUUCCGACAUGACGGGUCUUCUUGCCGAUGGGGACGACGAGGCGUCUUUUUUUGGGAACAUCUUGCACUUGCAGAUUCACAGACGUAUGCGCGCUAUGAAACGUCUCGCUCAAGAAUGUCUGGAAGGCGAGCUGGGCGCUACUAGUACCGCCAAUAUCUUCAUCCCGCUAGUCGCACACUUCAUCUUCGAGUCAGAUCGGUCACAAGAUCACAAUCUGAUCAAUGAGGCGAUUGCAACCAUUGCUGCCUGUUCAAGGGUGUUGAAGUGGGGACAGUACUGGGCGCUUUUGAAGCGAUUUCUGAACGCCCUCCCAAGGCGCCCUGAAUUGGAGAAGGCGCUGAACAGGUUGAUCAUUCAGUUGUUGGACGCUUUCCAUUUCUCCGUUGCGGACGAAAACGAUGUGCCAAUGGAGAUUGAUGGUGAGGUGACCGCGGAUGUCGUCGUUGAGCCGAUGGAUGUGGAUAUACCGCUGGACGAGUCGACUCUCCCGGAAGACGAGGCAGACGCGGCAGACGAAGCUGAGGAGCUGAACGCGGAGGACGCCCCAAGCGCUGGUGUCACAUCGGCCACGAAAGUACGAGAUGUUGUGCUACGAAAGGUACUUCCUACCUUGCAAGCGUACAUCGAGAAGGACGACAACGAUAGCCUCCCGACCCGUGUGCCCCUUGCCGUUGCGGUCGCUUCUUUAUUGAAGCGUCUCUCCGAGAAGACACGUCAAGCUCCGCUAGCAAAGCUGAUCACCACCUUGUGUAACUUUUUGCGACUGCGUGGACAAGAAGCUAGAGACACGACCCGAGAUACUUUGGUGAAAAUCACCUGCUCACUCGGCCCCGCAUACCUUCCCUUUGUGCUAAAGGAGUUGGAAGGCGCCCUCACCCGUGGAUACCAGUUACACGUGCUCGGAUACACCAUUCACUCGAUCCUGUUGGAGUUCGUGAAGAUCGUGCAACCGGGCGAAAUCGACAUUUGCGUAGAAGAUCUGGUCCGUAUGUGCACCGCCGAUGUCUUCGGUGAGGCAGGCGCAGAAAGGGAGGUUCAGGAGCUUCGCGGGAAAAUGCGAGAAAUCAAGACUACGAAGUCUUUCGACUCUUUCGAACUUAUCAGCAAAGUCGUCGGGUUUGACAAGACGAUCAAGAUGCUCACACCGUUGAAGGGCUUCAUGAUCGAAACCACGAACGCUCAGGUCAUGAGGAAAGUCGACGACAUUCUGAAGAGGAUUGCGCUUGGAAUCAACAACAACACCGCAGUACGACCUGAUGAUCUGAUGAUUUUCGUGCACGACCUUCUCACCGAGAACUUCCCAUUGUCACAACCGGCAUCUGCGCCGGCGAAAGAACGAUCUGUUCAAGAGAAGAACUUCAUGGUUAAUCUGAAGCGGCCGAGUACUCAAGCGCAGGAGACACUGAAAACCUUCCAAGCGAACGCUUUCAGAUUCAUUCACUUUGGUCUAUCGUUACUGCUGAAUGCUUUGAAAUCGGAGAGAAUCAGCCUGCGCAACACCCAGCAUUUGUCGAUGCUUGAUCCGUUAGUGCCACUCCUUGGACGCGGAUUAUACUCGAAGCACACGUCGGCAACCGUUGCUUCCUUGCGAAUUUUCACGAUGAUCGGAAACUCGCCACUACCCAAGUUGAAGGAGAGCAUGCCCGUUGUAGUCAGACGUCUUUUCGACAUCCUCACCAAGAAGCAUGCGACCAGUGAGGAGCUGACGCAAGCAACGUUCCGACUGCUCACGACGAUCAUCCGUGACUGCAAAUAUGUGACCAUCAGUGAACAACAGCUCGUAGCAGCCGCCAGCAUUGUUCGUCCCGAUCUCGAAAACCAGGAAACCGAUCGCCAAGGAACAGCCUUCUCGCUCAUCCGCGCCAUUCUGAGCAGGAAGAUUGUCGUCAAGGAGAUGUACGAAGUUAUGGACGUCGUCUCGAAGACCAUGAUCACGAGUCAGAGCUCACAGAUUCGAGAAUUGUGUCGACAUGCGUAUAUCCAGUUCUUGCUCGACUACCCGCAUGGGCCUGGAAGGCUGAAGAAGCAAAUCACCUACCUCGUCAAAAAUCUGUCGUAUGAGCAUGAGACCGGUCGACAAUCUGUGUUGGCGGUUUUCGACAGCCUCACGGACAAACUCAGCGAUGAUGCCUUGAAUGAGUUUGCGGAGCUAUUCUUUCUAUCGUUAGUCAUGUGUUUAGUCAACGACGCAUCAUCGAAGUGUCGUGAGCACUCCGGCACGCUCAUCAAGAAGCUUCUAACACGGCUGGACUCGAAUCGUGCGUCAAAGAUUCUGCAGCUUGUCGACACCUGGUUCGGACAGGGACAGCAACUGCAAAUGCAACGGACCGCAGCUCAAGUCGCUGGUCUUGUUCUUGAAGCUGUUGGUGAACGGGAGAAGAAGUGGAUCCCGACCUUGAAUCGUCAGCUCGAGUCAGUUUUGGGUGCAGUUGUUGACAGGUUUGAGGAGGCCGCCUACAUCGAUGAAGAGAUGGAAGACGACGGUGACGCAUCUUGGGAACUCGCAUACUACUCCCUCAAGACAUUCUCCAAAGUCGUUAGCGUUUCGAAUGCAUUCAAGCAUUCUCCUACGACAACAGAGAUCUGGAAAUACGUGCGGGCACUCCUGCUGUACCCACACCAAUGGGUCCGAGCUGUCUGCAGUCGGUUGCUGGGAAUGCUUUUCGAGACGAUCAACGCGGAGACCGGAGCUGUCGUAACGACGGAGAUGGGCAAAACAGUACAGCGGCACUUUUUGCUCGCUGACACACCGACGAUGGUGUCGCUUGUUAACAACGUAUCGGCGCAGCUCGAGUCCGCCGUUCUGACCGCAGAUGCAGCGAAGCAAGUCGUGAAAAACUUGUUCUUCAUCGGCAAGUGCAUGCUGCAUAUGGAUCUUCAACGGGAGGCCAAUGGAGAGCCAAUCCUCAAUGGGAUUUCAGAGGAUGCGGUAGAGGACGAUGAAGACGAACCGGAGGAAGAGGUUGAGGAAGAUGGCGACGACACUCCGCAGAAAGACAAGAGCAAGGCGCCAAAGUCACCAUUGCUUUCCCUUUGUCGACGCCUGUCUUACCUUGCUCGAACCGACGCUGCUAAGAAGCGAGGGCCGUUGUUGAGGCAAAGUGUUUUCCAAUGGUUUGCAGCCAUGAUACAGUACAUACCAAAAGAUCACAUCAGGACUUACUUACCACCAAUUAUGGCCGCCUUAUAUCAUACUUCAAAAGAUGACACUUCUAGAGGAGCCCAAGCAGAUCAGCUUCGUCUCCUCGCUUCUGAAGUUCUUGAGCUUCUCCAGAAGCACAUUGGCACAGAAGCUUACGUUACGCUUUACAGUGCUACCGAGCAACGGGUGCAACGGCUCCGCCAGGAGCGUCGCGCUCAGAGGUCCAUUCAGGCAGUCCUUGACCCUGAAGCAAGGGCAAAGCGACGAAAUCAGAAAAAUGAGAUCAAGAAGAGGGGAAGGAAGAGGAAGGCUGAGGAGUUUGCGAAGGGGAAGAUGAAGCAGACCGUUGCUAAGCGCAUCAAGCGAUAGUAGAUCGGGGCCACCUAGAGAGCCGAGGCAGUAUUGCACAAGUAUCGAUACAAGCAUCAUCAGUUCAUUUAUCAUAUUGCACAUAAGUUAUUCUGCAUAGUACAUGAGUUUUGUUUUCUGAAUCAUGCGAAGGAUCAUCCACUUGAGGGACGGGGUCACAUGACCAGCAUGAGUCAUUCCCGUCAGAAAUCGCAACUUCGAUCGAGCGGACUUUUGUGGACUUCGCCGGUUUUAUGA